UUUGGCCCGCAGACUUUUUGCAUGGAAAACAUUAGAUUCAUGAGUAAAACAACCUGCCGCUGACACAUUUCUUUUCCUCCCGUGAGAAGAUAAAAGGUCAAAUGACAAUCUGAUGAUGACAUCAUCAAGGUGACACCUGAAUCCUCAAUCAGUACAGGGCUCCUUCUCGUUAAUGUUUACCUUGCAUUCUGACAUCAUUCGCGAUCAAAGGUCAGACUUCGGGACAAAGAACGAAAGCCAGCAAUACUGGAAGAGAAAACUUCUGAAGGACCAUCAUGGAUACCAUCAGGAUUGGAAUUGGCCUGGUGGGGUUCGGUUUAUUUUUUUUGCUAUUUGGUGUGUUGCUGUACUUUGACUCAGUCUUACUGGCCUUUGGGAAUAUUUUGUUUUUGACAGGUUUAACGUUCAUCAUCGGCCUCAGGAGGACCGCUCACUUCUUUUUCCAAAAACAGAAGUUUAAGGGCUCUUUCUUCUUCCUGGGAGGCGUGUCACUGGUGCUCCUCCGCUGGCCAAUCAUCGGCAUGCUGGUCGAGACUUAUGGCUUCAUCCUUUUAUUCAGGUCUUUCUUUCCAAUGGCCGCGGGCUUUGUCUUGUCGGCUGUGAACAUCCCGUUCCUCAACCAGUUCAUGCAGAGUAACACCAACAUGGUGUAAGAGCCCAUUCGGUCACUGGGGGGUGGAAUUUAACAAGCCUGCGUGACAGUUUUUCAGAUACAGUUCUAGAGAGGACUCAAAGUGACUAUAGGUUGGAAAAUGAGCACAUUUUUUGUAUUUUUAUUUUGUAUUUUUUUUUUGGAGCCCAAGAUGCAGGGUCAAAUAGGACAGAACUAAAUAAAUGAAUAUUUAUUUAGAAUAAUGACUUAAAUGUGUCAAUAGUUAAUUUAAAUGUGAGUCAUUGGUUAAGUUAUUUAUCUAAUUUGUUUAAUUAAUUAUUCUAAUAGUUGAUUAAUUUUUUAAAUUAUUUUACUGUUACUUAUUUCGUCAUUCAAUGUUUGAAUACAUUAUUUCACUAUUUAAUAAAUUAAAUCCCCUUUAGUGUCAGACCAAGGCAAUCAGUGGAGGAGAUUCCUGUUAGCGCCACCUGCUGACUUCGAUGGGUGAAUUUGAUAUAAUUAAUUAAACGCAAUAAUUCAUGAACAUGUGAAAUUAUGAAUAAAAUCAUGAAAUAAUGUAUUAAAUAUAGAAAUAUUAAAAUAAAUUUUUUUAUAAAAUAUUUACUGUAAUUUCCAGAACAUAGGGCGCACCGGGUUAUAAGGCGCACUGCUGAUGAGCGAGUCUAUUCAGGUCUAUUUUCACACAAAAGGCGCAUCAGAUUUUAAGGUGCAUUAAAGGGAAGGUGAGUGCCCCUAAGAGAAGGCAUUGAAGCUUAGGGAAGGCUAUGCGGAACGAAACUAAAACUGAACUGGCUACAAAGUAAACAAAAACAGAAUACUGGACGACAGCAAAGACUUACUGUGGAGCAAAUACAUUGUACAUCCGAACAUGACGUAUAUAUUUUUUUCUAAAUGUAAAACACUUCCUUGUGGUCUACAUAACAUGUGAUGGUGGUUCUUUGGUCAAAAUGUUGCAUAGAUAAUGUUUUACAGAUCAUCUUCAAGUCGCUUUCUGACCGUCUCUUCAGGAUGCGCUGUUUUGUGGGCGGUCUUAUUUACGUGGCUCACCUUCGGCAGCGUCUUCUCCCCGUCAUCUUCGUUGUAGCGGUGUAGCGUGCAAGGACGGGUGUGGAAGAAGUGUCAAAAGAUGGAGCUAACUGUUUUAAUAACAUUCAGACUUUACUUCAAUCAAUAACGGAGCAGCAUCUUCUCAUACGUCGGAAAUGCGUCCCAUGAAAAACCGUCUGACCAGAACUCUCUAAUAACUAAAGUUCCUUGGGUGAAUAAUGUAAACUCACUACACCGGUAUGUUUUAGCGCUUUCAUGGCGAGUUUACUGACAGAUAUAAGUAAGAACUUUACACUACUUUAUAUUAGAAAUGGCGGAGGAUGAAUGUCCCAUAACAAGAAGAUAGAGGAAAAGAAGAACCUUAUGACUACGGUGUCGGCACGGGCUACAAUGGCGGAUGCGCACACAUUUUCAGGAUUUAUGCAGAUCCUAAACACAUGAUCAGCAGGUACCAGAAAGUAAGAAAAGUUGCUUUUGCAUAAUAUUGCAAAACAAAACGCCAGAUAUGUCUGCUAAUAGGUGCCAUUUUGCGUUUCUUAUACACACACCAUAAUAAUACUCGUAUGUUUAAUGCGCCGACAAGCCAUCAAGCGGUGCGGCUUCAUAGCUUACCGAAGUCGUACUAAAAACAUUGACAGAUUUUUUUAGUGCUCUAUAUUUUCAAUGAAACAUCUAAAGUUUUGGUGUUGUUUACUGGCGUCAUCUUGCAGUUUACACGUAUCUCCUAUGUAUGACUGCCAUCUACUGGUCACACUUAUCAUUACACCAUGUACCAAAUAAAAUGGCUUCGAGGUCGGUAAGCACGGCCAAAAUGAUUCCGUA